AUGUUACUGAAAGAUAUCAAGUCUACAGUCGCAUUGAAGAGCGUCAGGGAAAACGCAAGAGCAGUUCCUAUAGCGGUCCAUGUAAUAGCUUGUCAUCCAAGAUCUCCAUCGCAUUGUAAUGUUAGUAACAAGUACGACUAUAACAGACAGACGUUUAUACAAAUACUACCACAAUACCCACAAAAAGUUGAGCAACGGGCUCACCGGAAUUCCACCAGCAAAACUUGCCAAGAAAUAAUUAAAUAUCAACAAGAAAGCAAUCGAAACGAAACCAAGAAAGAGCUGAAGGUAAAUGUACUGGCUAACGCGUUAAAAAAAUCUCGUCCGAGGAAAUUGAAGCCGACGCUGAUUCCAGUGGUCCCCAGCGUGAGAGCAAAAACCGCCGCCAGUCUCCACCGCGCCCCAACCUUAUCAUCGGAAAACCAGUACGGCUCAGCCACUUUCCAGAACCUUCUCACCAACGAUUGA